AUGUCAGAGAAUAAUGCCGGCGGUGGCGGGUUUGUGCGGCCUGAAGCGGCCCACAUCCCAGCUGUAAGCGCCGAUAUCCUGGGUCAGAUCUUUCGAGGCUUUGUUACUGGAGAGGUCCCCGGAUUAAAGAAACAGAGACACGCAAGCCAGAGUGCAAUCAACUCGCUUAAGAAGGUGGAUUUAGCGAAAUUGGAGGAUAAAGUUUGCGGAAUUUGCAUGGACGCGUACUUUGACGAAUCAAAAUUGCCCAAGGGUUCCUUUCCGAUAACCGACACUUCGGAGUUGGCGAAAUACGGGGCUUUCUUCGAGGGAGUCUACGAUGAUGACCCUCCAAUUAUGUUUGUGCCGCCGGGGAACCAGGGACUUGACGAUAUCGAAUACCACCCAGCCAGCUCCGAGUUUGGGUUUGAGCAGACGCCAGAAGGUGCAGAAACAGAUUUGUCUGAAUCGAGUGACCACAUUCCAGUCAAAAUGCCCACUUGUGACCACGUUUUUGGUCGGUCGUGUAUUGUGAGCUGGCUCAGAGAGCAUACUACUUGUCCAAUGUGUCGUACGGAAGUGGAGGCUGAUCCUGUUCCGCAAAGACAAAACCAUCGUGGAGUGUUUAUUUACUAUGUGACACCAUUGGCUCCAAGAGAGGCAUCUACAAGUCUCGGGAAUGAGUCAGGUGAUCCACCAAUCAUGUUUGCAACCGAAAAUCCAUCGAUGGUACCGGUGAGGGAAGAACGCACUGGUCCAUCUCCCUCUGAUCCCACGCCAACUGAUCUUCCGCAUGAUCCCAACGCCUCAGAUUCGCAUUCAGGAUCCCCUAGCCCAUCCUCGGCUGGACCGGUGAGGGGAAGCGACAGAUCCGCUAACCGAGCGCAUCCGUACGCCGGCCAGUCGUGGCAAUGA